UAAACAGAAUUAUUCAAUCUUCCCAUUUAAAAUUUUAAUACCAAAGACGUUUUUAAGAAAGAUGCAGUUAGUCUCUGUCGUCAAGGUGCAGUGAUUAAAUUUAUAAAAUGCAGAAACAUUGGAUGUUUAUUGUUUAUAUAAUAUUUAUAUUGAGUAGUGCUUUUGGUGAAGAUCUCCCUUACAUACCCAACUAUGGCGUUCGUUGUAUGAGAUGCAUCUGUACAGCGACUAUAGGAGAUUGUGAUCUUACUCUAGGAUGUAAAGAGGGAUAUUGUGGUCCUUUUAGAAUAUCUAGGGUGUAUUGGAUUGAUGCCGGUAACAUCACCCUUCCACAGGAUACUCCUGAGAGAAAUAAUGCAUAUGAAGAUUGUGCUUUGGAGUAUAAUUGUGCCCAAAGAAUAUUAUUGGGAUACUUUCAUCAAUAUGCAAGAGACUGCAAUAGUGACGGUGUCACUAAUUGUGACGAUUACGCCAUGCUUCACGUUAAUGGAAGAGGCCAGUGCCACCCACCCGUAAACAGAACCGAAAGGGGUAAAGCCUGGUGGGAUAAAUACACUAAAUGCGACCCAUUAGAUAGAGCAGAGUUUAGGUUUCAACAGUUCUAACCACAGAGCACCGUUCUAACUAUUCUACUUCCGUUAAGUUCAAAGUCGACUUGUGCUUUAUUUAACUUUUUCCUCUUUUAACUAUUUUUAAUUACUCCUCCUUCAUAAUUAAAUAGCUUAUUAUAUUUCUCCUCUAUUUACAGAGCCUCUAUUUGAUUAAAUGUCAAUACACUUACUACUAAUCCUUAGUAAUUAUGAUAACAAAAUUAAACACAUUUUGCUUGUCUCCGUUUACUGGUAUUGAAUAAAUGAGAUCAUAUUUACACAAAAAUGUAUGAGAGAAAUUCAUUUGAGUAAAACGAUUUGUUUAAAAAGUGACUACGCAAAUAUUAUCCUAUUUUUCGGCAUAGUUUCCAUGUUUUGUAACACGCCUGGUCUAUACAGUUAAGUAACUCUGAUAAAAAGGCUUACGUUUUUGGAAGUGGAGGUAAGAUAGUAGAUAAAGGUGGAAAAUGAUGUCGAUGACAUUCCCUUAUAUGUAAUUAAAGAAAUAUAUAAAUAUCUAAAUUAAAUAUGCUACGUGGGCCCUUAUCAAGACUGGUCAGAACUUGAACUUGAAGGUGAUCUGUUCUUUGUGACUCCACCAAUUACUAAUUGAAUAUAUCUAUAAUUUA